GGCUCUACUCUUCCCUGAAAGGUUGCUACAAACAUUAGUACAUUGUACUUAGAUUUAUUUUGAUCCAAUAUUUCCUGCAUUUAUACAUCUCUUACCAAACUUAGUUCCCAUCUCAAAUUUGAUCAAUAUAAUGGAUUUCAUCUGCACCAAAACCCCUGCUUCUAAAGUUACCUGCAUUUCCAGUGCAGUAAAACUCCAUGGUAAUUUUUCUCCUCAGAAAAAUUCCAAUCUGCUCUGCUUCAACAGAAGUUUUACUGAGUUAUCAUGGAUCAAAACUCAAGGACUUCAAUUCCAGGGAAUAUUUUGCAAACACCCCAGAUUUAUCACUGGUGUCAGCAAGAGGUUUAAUGGUGGAUUAACAGUAAAAGCAUUUAGUGAAGAGCAAGAAGCUCUGGUGGUUAAAUCAUGGAAUGCCAUGAAAAAGAAUGCUUCUGAAUUGGGUCUUAAAUUCUUCUUAAGGGUUUUUGAGAUUGCACCAACUGCAAAGAAAUUGUUCUCUUUCUUAAAAGAUGAUGAUGGUGUUCCUUUGGAAAAGAACCCAAAACUUAAAGCCCAUGCUUUGACUGUUUUUGCCAUGACUUGUGAAUCAGCUGUUAAUUUGAGGAAGGCAGGAAAGGUCACAGUUAAAGACUCCAACUUUAAGGAUUUGGGGGAGUUGCACUUCAAAUAUGGGGUGGUUGAUGAGCAUUUUGAGGUUGUUAGAUUCGCGUUACUCGAAACCAUAAAAGAAGCAGUUCCAGAAAUGUGGUCAUCUGAGAUGAAGGAAGCUUGGAAAGAAGCUUAUGAUCAGUUAGUUGCUGCUAUCAAGCAACAAAUGAAACCUUCCCAACAAGUUCUUCAGUGACUCAAAUUAUAGUUUGUAAGAUAGUUUUACAAGUUUGUUAGACUAAUUAAAUAAUGUAUGAUCCAAAUAAGCAAAUACUUCGGCCCUGUUUGGUUAGGAGCUGUUAGUUGUUAGCUGAUAGCUUGUUUGACUAGCUGUUAGCGGUUAGCUGUUUGCAUUAGCUGAUUUGACUAGCUGGUUGCAUUAGCUGUUUGUGUAAAAGUGUUUGGUAAAUUAGAUGAUAGAUGUUAGCUGUUUAAUAUGUAAAAUGACCAUUAAGGACCUGACAUACUUUGUUUCUAGCUUAUUAAUAUAAGACAAAUAGUUUAUCGUGUUAA